AAAGUUUGGCCAGGAAUGCGAGUUCUUGAAUUGGAUCGAGUGGGACAUGUAACUGCUUACCUUCAACGACAUCACAUAUUCCGAGAAACAAUUACACAGCUGUUUCACCGCGCGGAAGGCGUACAACAGUGA